AUGAAUAAAAAUUCUACGACUGAUGAUGCUAUCUCAGUUGAGAAUUCACCUGCUGCACAACAUCCUCAUGUUGACAAUGAGCAAUGUGAAAACUCAACGCAAAAUGAAUUUAAUUUAGCAGAAUGUGCCACUGCUACUAAUACAACAAAGAAGUCACCAAUGACUCCGACACCUUUAGAAUUUUCGCAUUGGUCGCGACAUCGAUCUUCAAUUGGUGCAGGUGCAUUUGCUGUAUUCACAAUUAUAGCAAUGAGUAUUGGUAUAUUGACUGUUUGUUUCACUUCACCAAAAGUUACUGUUCAAAAAUGUGAGCUCAAAUUCAAAUCAACGGCUCAAAAACCAGUUGAAUACAAGUAUGGCCCACGAUCUGUUGCCGCUGAUGAUUUCAACAAUGACACAUGUUUGGAUAUGGUUAUUGCUCAUCAUAUAGCUAACACAAUAACUGUUUAUCUUGGAUAUGGUAAUGGCACUUUUAAAAGUCCAAUUCCAUAUUCAACUGGUUCCUACUCAAGUCCUUACAUGGUCACAGUUGUUGCCGUAGGUGAUUUCAACAAGGACCAUCGAUUAGAUAUUGUCGUUGUAAACAAUGAUACUGGUGCCAUUGAUAUUCUUGUUGGACGUUACGAAGGCUUUCAAAAUCAAACAAGCUAUUCAGCUGGCUCUGAGCCAUACUCUGUAGCUAUUGGUGAUGUCAACAAUGACAGUCGACUAGAUAUCGUUGUUGCCAAUGUGCGUAGCGAUGAUGUAAGUGUCCUUCUUGGAUAUGGAAAUGGUUCUUUUGAAAAUCAAACAAGGUAUUCAGUUGGCCGUUAUCCACAAUCUGUAUCUAUUGGUGAUGUCAACAAUGACACUCAACUAGAUAUCGUUGUCGCCCAUUUGUGGAGCAAUGAUGUGAGUAUCCUUCUUGGAUAUGGGAAUGGUUCUUUUGAAAAUCAAACAAAGUAUUCAGUUGGCUCUUAUCCACGAUCUGUAUCUAUUGGUGAUGUCAACAAUGACACUCGGUUAGAUAUCGUUGUCGCCAAUUGGGAUAGCAAUGAUGUGAGUAUCCUUCUUGGAUAUGGAAACGGUUCUUUUGAAAAUCAAAAAAGAUAUUCAGUUGGCUCUUCUCCACAAUCUGUAUCUAUUGGUGAUGUCAACAACGACACUCGACUAGAUAUCGUUGUUGUCAAUAUGGAUAGCCAUGAUGUAAGUGUCCUUCUUGGAUAUGGGAAUGGUUCUUUUGAAAAUCAAACAAAGUAUUCAGUUGGCUCUUUUCCACAAUCUGUAGCUGUUGGUGAUGUCAACAAUGACACUCGACUAGAUAUCGUUGUUGUCAAU